AAGUAAAUCAUAUGGUACACACCGCCAAUCGACUGUGGUUGUCUUUCGCCGAGCAAACAUUUUAAAUUGAGCAAUUGCUCUUUUCCUCGUUCAUAUUCCCUCCUGAAGGACAAUCUUUAACUUUCACGUUGAAGAUUUCGCAGAACGGAAUUCAGAUCAUGGCUAACGACCCGGUGACUCCCCCACGGCGACCUCAUGUCAAUGGCUUAUCUAUGACCGAGUAUUCGGCAAGUCCGACUCCAAAGACAGAGGGAGCAGGAAGCAUAGCUAGGGAUGCCACAAGUUCAGUUCCCGAUGAUUAUAUUCUUCCUACAGGCUAUCCUGAUUAUGUGCGAUUGAUCCUCACAUCACGCGUGUACGAUGUCGUCGAAGAGACGCCCUUGCAACAUGCCACCAACCUUAGCAACCGUUUAGAGUGCAAUGUGCUAUUAAAACGAGAGGACUUAUUACCUGUGUUCAGCUUCAAAUUGCGAGGGGCAUAUAACAAGAUGGCGCAUCUUAGCCAGGACCAGCGAUGGAAGGGAGUUAUUGCAUGCUCUGCAGGAAACCAUGCGCAAGGCGUGGCUUAUUCUGCUCGCAAGCUCAAAAUACCUGCCACCAUCGUUAUGCCUUCCGGUACCCCGGCAAUCAAGCACCUUAACGUUUCCCGUCUCGGCGGCAGUGUUGUCCUACAUGGGAGCGACUUUGAUGCCGCCAAAGCCGAAGCUCAUCGGUUGGAGAAGGUACACAAUUUAACAAACAUCCCACCUUUCGAUGACCCUUACGUUAUUGCCGGUCAAGGAACUAUUGGUAUGGAAAUCGUGCGCCAGGCCAAGCUGCACAACUUGGAAGCAGUGUUCUGUUGCAUCGGUGGCGGUGGACUCAUUGCUGGUGUCGGGGCUUAUAUCAAGCGCAUUGCUCCUCACGUGAAGAUCAUUGGAGUCGAGACAUAUGACGCCAAUGCAAUGGUACAAUCGUUAAAGAAGGGCGAACGGGUGAUGCUGAAAGAAGUCGGCCUCUUUGCGGAUGGUGCUGCGGUCAAGUUAGUCGGCGAGGAGACUUUCCGCAUCUGUCAAGACGUUGUUGAUGACAUUAUUCAAGUUUCAACCGACGAAAUUUGCGCCGCUAUAAAGGAUGUCUUUGAGGAUACCCGUUCAAUCCUCGAACCAGCUGGAGCCCUUGCCUUGGCUGGCUUGAAGAAAUAUGUUGCGGCAAACCCUGAUCCCAACCCACAGCGAGAGCUUGUCGCCGUUACUUCGGGCGCUAAUAUGGAUUUUGACCGUCUUCGAUUUGUCGCCGAGCGGGCUGCACUAGGAGAGAAGAAGGAAGUUUUGCUUGGCGUCACCAUUCCCGAGAAGCCCGGUGCAUAUGCUACGCUUAUCGACAUCGUCACUCCUCAUUCGAUCACAGCUUUCAACUACCGUUAUGGUCGCGAAGAUAUCGCCAACGUUCUCAUGGGUAUUUCUUUGCCUGCAUCAUCACGGACCUCUGAGCUUCAGCGUAUAACGUCUGAGCUUAAGAAAGCCGGCAUGAUGGCAUCAGAUCUCAGCGAGGAUGAGCUUGUCAAGACACAUAUCCGGUAUUUCGUCGGUGGACCCAGCGGCGUCCAGGACGAGCGUCUCUUUAUGUUCCAAUUCCCCGAACGGCCAGGCGCACUACAACGAUUCCUCGGUCAUUUACGUCCAACCGACAAUAUAACCUUGUUCCAUUACCGAAACCACGGUGGAGAUGUCGGUAGAGUUCUAGCUGGUAUUCAAUGCUCCUCAUCCGAGAAUGCUGAGUUGACUCGCUUCUUAAAUGAGCUUGGAUAUCCCUAUGAAGAGUGCACUAACUCUCCGGCAUACAAGAUGUUUCUCCGACAUGACUGAAGUGAGGGCUUUAUCUUUAUGUAGAAUUAUCUCAAUUUGUAUAUCAUGCUAGAAUGUUGGGUGGGAUUUUCCAUAUUGAUUCGAGGUGUUUUGUUUUGGAUGGCGUUGGUCAGUAGAUAUACCUAUAAUUGACGCAAGUCAUUGGCUUAAGCAUUCAU